GUUGGCUAAUAUAUAUCGUCAAGAAGUGUUCCCACCCACCCACCAGCAAGACAAGCAUACAACCUGGACAUGGCGCAGGAUGAUGGCAAUGCCGACACAACCCAGCCCAACGCUGACACAGCCAACAUAGACAUACUAGACGCCUUCUGCCGUAAAAUAUACAACUUCUCAGUUCAAGCAUCAAAAUUGUCAACAAAACAGAUUGGCUCUGUCUUCGUUUCCCUAUUUGUCGUCUUCGCCGUUUACUGGGGCAUCCAAAAAGCAUUUUUGGUAAUUUUAUGCAUCAUCAUUAUUGUAGUGCUUUGGGUAGUCUUGUGUCGUUUGUACGAUUACGUGACCGGCAAAUUUAAGUCAGAAGUAAGAGAUAUUAAAGAGGAAUCACGGGCUUCCAAGACUGUCAAAGUAGACAUCAAAGACGUAUCUGGAGAUGAUGGCCAGGAUUCGGGAGUCUUGGAGGAAGAAAACACGUCAGAAGAAAAAGAUCUUAAAGAACAAGCACGGGCUUCCAAGUCUGUCAAAGUAGAUGUGAAAGACGAACCUGGAGAGGGUGGCCUGGAUUCGGCGGUCUUGCAUUCGGAGAAAGUGCGUGAGAUCACGGACCCAUAUAUGACUAUGACUGCCCAUCGUGGAUCUGGUUUUGCCGUAGCUGAGGGUGAAAAGGAAGUCGUUCGGAAGUACUUUUACUACAUCAAGGAAAGAGUGUACUCAGACUGGUUAUCCCUCGCCCGGAUACUGGGUUUAAACUAUUUAGAAAUCGAAAACAUUAGAGCCAGGAACCACGAGUACAAGUCCUGCUGUAUGGACAUGUUGGAGUUAUGGCUCAGGCGUAAAGGACGCGUAGCCACCAUAGAAGUCCUGAUGGAGGCUCUGCUGUCUGACGCUGGACUGGAGCACGUUGCGUAUGAUCUGAAGUCUCAAUAUCCUGAGCUACGUAACGUAGCUACACAGCAGGAGUGACAAGUCCUAACUUCAGCCGCUGAGGAGGCCUGUCAGUGUCAACAUCUGUACUUUACAACAAAGGCGAAAACUCCAGGAACCGGGUCGGCUUGACUACACAGAAAUAUGAUAUUCACUGUGAUUCGUGGAAUUCUAUAGGGCACUUUUUCUUCAAAUGCAUGUCAAAUAGCAGAUUGACUUUUUGCAGUCAGAUAAACUUUCAAAAUAUGUUUUCUUAGUAUUAGUAAGUGUGUAAAAAAAAACUCGUUUGUGUGGCAGACGGCUGAUCUUUUAUGAACAAUUCUGUAUUGAGUGCUGUAUGUUUUCAAUGCAGAACAUUUUGCUGUGAAUAUUUGUCAAUAUUUGUACAUAUGCAAUGCUGUAAUAUCAGAUUUAAUGUAUAUACGUAACGAUCAAUAUCAACACAAACGUUUAAAAGCUGUUUUCUUAGUAUUGUAAUCGCCUUGGUGGACGUACUGUCUUCCCAGAAAGAGAGGUGUGUAUUAUCCUGUAUGAACGAUUCUGUAUUGAUUUCGUGUGUAUCUGUAAUAAAUUUGGAUAAUUAAUUUGGAGGACAGUUACAUUUUCUGUGUAAAAUAUUAUAAAUUUUAUGUAAUUUCUAAGCAUCUAGUGGUGUUCCGAUAUUUUAUACACUUGGGUGUUUUAACGAAUCGAUGUAUAGAUUAGAGAGAGUAUAUGAUGAGUUGCUAGACAAUGUAUUGAGUAUAGUUAUAUAGACACAAUAUGUAUAUAUAUAGACACACACAAUCUGAUACUUUACAUAAGUUAUAUUGUGGUGACAGUGUAGUACAUAUAUUAAUCUUAAUUGACUUGUACGCCAAGAUUUCAGAUUAAACGCUAAUGUGUGGCAU